ACAGCAGCAGGUCUCAGGAUCUCACUGUCAUCAGAUCAGUAUCUGCUCGUCUGUGACCGACCUACAAACUUCAGCGUGGAUGUUAUUCACUCACUCACCGCUUCUCUUUGUCUCAGCUGACGCUCUGCCUUAAUGACAUGAUUUAAUUAGUGAGGAUCUUCAUCACAACACCAGCGGAGGAGGAGGAGGAGGAGGAGGGGAAAAAAAAUAUAUGCACAAGACAAACAAGAGAGAGUUCAAAAACUGAGGCAGCAAACCUGCACCUUUAAAGUUCCUCAUCUCUGAGGAUCCUCCCACUUAACCUCCUGUCAGCUGGACUUACAGAAACCUUUGACACCAGGCUCCGCCUCCUGCAGCCAGCAUGCCAAUCAUCAGCAAUGCCAACCAUGACUUCAGCACAUACUCUGUCAGCAGCGACGACAGCAGCCUCGACCGCUUCUUCACUGAGAUCCCGGAAACUGAGACAAUCAAGGGUGUUUACUUCCAGCGAGCCCAGCUUCUCCGUGACCCAAAGGCCUCAUAUGUGAUUGACCACACCCUACAGGUCCUUGUCAAUGUCGGGGGCAACCGCUACACCUUUCCCUGGAGCACCUUGGAGCAGUUCCCCCACAGUCGACUGGGGCGCCUUCGCUUCUGCACAACUCCCGAGGAGAUUGCGCGACUCUGUGAUGACUACGACGAGACGUGCCAGGAGUUCUUCUUUGACCGAAACCCAACAGCCUUCAGGGUCAUCCUCAACUUCCUGGCCGCAGGCAAACUGCGCCUGCUUAGGGAACUGUGUGCCGUGUCACUACAUGACGAGCUUGCCUACUGGGGUGUGGACCCGGGUCAUAUGGAGCGGUGUUGCCGUCGCCGUAUGAUCACACGCGUAGAGGACGUGACCGAGAGAGAGCGUAAGGAAGAGGAGUGGAGGCAGAAGAGGCUGAUGCUGAAGAAAAGCAGCACAGAGGCUGAGAGGGGCUACCGCAGACUGGUGGGGGUUCUAAGGGAAGUUGUGGAAAACCCUCACUCAGGUUUGGCUGGGAAACUGUUCGCCUGCCUCUCUGUCACCAUGGUGCUGAUCACCGUCAUCAGUCUGUGCAUCAGCACCAUGCCAGAUCUGAGAGCUGAAGAGACCAGGGGCGAGUGCUCCCAAAAGUGUUACAGCAUGUUUGUGGUGGAGUCCAUAUGUGUGGCUUGGUUCACGUUGGAGUUCUUGCUGCGCUUUGUCAACGCCCAGAGCAAGUUGGCCUUCGUUCGAGAGCCUCUCAACGUCAUCGAUGCCAUCGCCAUCCUGCCGUACUACGUGUCCCUGGUCAUUGAUGUCAGAGAUCAGUCCCAGGAGGACGUCGUCUUGGGGGCCGGCAGAGGCUAUCUGGACAAACUGAGUCUGAUCCUGCGCUUGCUGCGGGCUCUGCGGAUCCUGUACGUGAUGCGGCUCGCUCGCCACUCCCUGGGCCUGCAGACAUUGGGGCUGACCAUGAAGCGCAGCAUGAGGGAGUUUGGCCUUCUUCUACUGUUUGUCUGCGUCGCUGUCACCCUCUUCUCACCUCUAGUCCACCUGGCGGAGAGUGAACUGGCGCCGUUUGCCGCCACGCACCCCCACCACAGUUUCAGCAGCAUCCCAGCCUCUUACUGGUGGGCCAUCAUCUCUAUGACCACAGUGGGCUACGGGGACAUGGUGCCGCGGAGCAUCCCCGGACAGAUAGUGGCACUGACCAGCAUCCUGAGUGGCAUCCUUAUCAUGGCGUUUCCCGCCACCUCCAUCUUCCACACCUUCUCCCGCUCCUACCAGGAGCUGAAACAGGAGUACAAGCGACUGUGGAAGGAGGAGAGAGAUGAGGAUACAGCCGCGGAGUCGGAGCAGAGUUGGUCCAAGGUUGAUUUGUCACCGGAUGAGCUCACGUCUCUGUCCAAGGAGGAGAGUGACGUGCUGAUGUCAAACAAAAGUCAUCCGUCCACACUUCCAUCGACAGCUUUCUGACUGACCAGCAAGUGAGCAAGCACAUUUAUUCAGUGACACUUUAAAAUGACGACAUUCGAUUGUGCAUUUUAUUCUGUCCUCCUUUAGGAAUAGUACCAAACAGUUCCUUUUUGGCACCCUUCCCUUUGGGGUCCCA